UAAUAGUGGUAUAUCAUGUGAUAUACUCAUUUGUAUUUCGGGUUUACCAAAUCACUGGUAUAACUGUGACAGUUUCUUAUGUAAAAUAGUAUAGCAUCAGUGAAUACUUCUUUUUUUUAUUAACUUAUUAGAUGUUUGUUUAUUUAGUUGAAUUUAAGGAAUAUGUCUCUUGACGACUUGGAGAAUGACGCGACAGAUAAUGUUGAUCAGAAAUAACCUAGUUCAGAUGAUGACAUUCUCAAUCAUCCACCUGAGAGCUAAAAAAGGCAAGGCAAAAGGCAGGUGAAAAGGUAGGCAAAAGGUAAGGGAAAGCUGCAGUUGACUUGGACAAUAAAGUGGCAGAUAAUGACUUUGUCGAUCCUCCACCUCAAACAUCAAAAAUACAAAGUGAAGUUGUAAAUGGCUUAGAGAAGGAGCUGGUAGAGAAUAUUCAUGACAGACGUCAUAGUUCAAGGAAUGCUUUUGUCGAUCCUCCACCUGAAAAAAUAAAAAAAGUAGUCUAAAGUUAAAAAUGCCUUGCCCAUAAGUAAUGGCUGAGAUGUUCAGUUUAAGAUUUUGGCAAAUAGCCAUGAGGAAUUGAAGAAAGCAGUAUUGUCAUUGAAUAAGGAAUAUAAGGAUGAACUAGUGAUUUUAAAGAAUUAUCUUGCCGAGAAAUUUGUGGAGGUGUUCGAUGCCAUUGAUUCAAUUAAGAAGAGCAAUUCAGCUAUACUAGUAUUCCUUUUUGUAUUGUUUUUCUAUUUUUUGGUAGUUCUAAAGUGAAUAAGACUUUUUCAAAAUUUCUGAUAUAGCACCAACACAACUGAGAUGUCGAAAAAGAUGAAGAUUGUGAUGGUGAUACUAAUCAGGAUGCGGUCGAUAAAACAAAGAAAAAGAAGCACCUGGUUAGUUGAUGUUGGAGUUGGUAAAACGACUUCAGAAAAUGUAGAUGAUCAUAAGUGGUUUGAAAUGUGUGAUUUGGGGGCUCAUAAAUUAAUAUGUGAACUUGGUAAACAAACAACAAUUGAAGAUCUUUCAUCUUGUCAGAUGUCUAAACAGUCAGGUGAUGAAAAUGUUCCAGCUGUUGAUAUUCGUAAACAAUCAACAACGAAAAUGUUUUCACAUUACAAGGUUGGGAUGAGCGACUCUCAGAUUGAGUCUCAAAUUCAUAAACUAUCUUCUGAGAUUGCGAACCAGUCCAUAUGCGUAGGUCCUGUAAUGUGUUCUAUGUCAAAUUGCUCUACAACUAAAGGUGCCACAAUGUCUUCUUUGCCGAUUCAGUUAACAUGUGAAGAGGUUCAAGCUUAUGUAGUUUCAGAUGACUCAAUUUAAGAAGAUGCAACAAGAAUAAGAGAACCUGAUGUACCCUGUGUUGUUGUGAAAGGGGAUCACCCUUUUAAAACCUCAAUUACAGAAGAAGUUCCUCUAUUAGUUAGUUAUGAGUUUUCUCAGUUUGUUGAAAGAAAGUUAAUUGUAUC